AUAAUUUUGAGUGGAUCAUAAAAAAGAAAAAAAAAAAAAAGAAAACUGAAUAGAAAAUUUCUUAUCAAAUUUUUAAGAUGAAUAUCCGUAAAAAGAGGAAUGCACUUGAUUAUCAUCAGAGUGUAAACUAAUGCAACCAGUGCAACUUGGAUCAAAGCCGAGUAUGGCGUCACUACGGUAGUCAAGUGAAAUGUCAAAAUUGCGGAACAUGAGUAUAUACACAUUCGGUUAAUGCUCGAUCUAUCUAAAAUUCUCGAAAGUUUUCGACGUAACGACAUCAUAUCAAGUGUUUUAACCAACGCAUCUCAGUGAAUCUUGUUGGCAUUGUAGUUUAAUUCAACGAACCGAUAAUUUAUCGAUAUAAAAAUAUCAAAGGAUUAACAUUAUAUUGUGAGAUGUUUGUGCAUUCCCAGCUGAUAAGUUUUGACAUAUUUGACAGUUGUGUAAUUGCAUAAUUGUGUCCAGUAGCGUGUUCUGAUGAACAAUUGUAUAUGAUUUAAUAAGAAAGCCAUACCAGGAUGGCAGAACUGGAUGAUCUAUAUCAUUCAGAUCAGUACCUCGGCCCAGAGACGCUUACUGAUCUUUGCUUCAAACUAAUUUGUGACAAUCUUGAUAUCAUUUCGGUCAGAGGCAAGCAUGGUCAUCGUACUCUACGCAAAGGACUUGCGUUCCCUGCAGAAAUAUGUCAUAAAUUUAUUGAGUAUAUGCAACAAAGUGAAACCAGGAGAAACGAUGACAGUUUCUUUUCUAUCUUCAAAGAUACAACAGCCACAAGACUAAAACGUGUUAAAAUUAUAAGUUGUAGUUUAACAGAUGCUUCUGUUCAAACAUUAAUGAAGCAUAAACUUACCGAUUUAGAACUCACAAAUUGCACUAAUUUAACAGUUCUUUCUAUUGAACAUGUGAAUGCUAAUUCUGAGAACUUACGUAGCCUAGUAUUUCAUGGAACUUCAAUGAUUAUACCACCAAGACUUACAUUUGGUAGAGAUGAUGAUUGUCCUGUUGAACACUAUGAGCGUGGUUAUGUAUUCAAAACACCAAACUUAAGGCGUUUAGCAUUAGGAUAUGUUGGUAUUCCAGAGAGAGAGUAUAGUUUACUUUUGGCAGGCUUAACAAAUUUAACACAUUUGGAUUUAUCCAAUUGUUUUGGACUACUGAACUUUGAUUUUUAUGAUCAUGUUCCAAAUUUAGUAUCAUUAACAUUAUACGAUGUAAAGGUCAAUGGUAAUCCAAUAGCAUUUUUUAAUAACAUAUGUCACUUAAAAAAACUUAGGCACUUGGAUAUCUCGCAAUCCAAUUUCAAACAAGGACAAUUUGAACAUCCUAAUAGAAUUUUAAGAUGUAUAGUAUCUGGAUUGCCUGAGUUAGUUUCUCUAGAUAUUGGAGGCACUAAUCUUGCAGGCAGAGGAGUUGCCGAGCGACCUCUUGAUACAGUCUUAGAAGAUUUGACGAAUAAUGCUCUUUGUGACAUACCGGGUCUUGCGUCUCGAAUUCAUAAACCGUUACAAUUUUUAGGUCUUUAUGGAACUGCUCAUGCAGCUUGUAAAAGACACGAUAUACCAGCAAAAGUGGUAGCAGGAGACGCAAAUGAAGAUCAAAUAUUAAUUGCUGCUCAUGUUUGUAUGAACAACAAACAGGAAUUAUUACAAAAAGUACUGAGUGAUCUAUAUCAUGUAUUUAGAUAUGAAAAUUGUCAAAGAAUGGAUCAAGCUCUUCGUACUGUAUUAGAAGCAAUGGAAAAGCAUCCAUAUCAAAAACAUAUACAAAUAUCUGGAAGUGCUACUUUAUUUUACAUAGUAAAAAUGAAGGAAAAGGGAGAAUUGGUUGUAGGAGUUAGGAAAAGAAUUAUUAGCACUUUAUUGACAGGAAUGAGUCUUCAUAGAGAUGAAGAAACUAUGAUGCGUAAUGGUUGUUUGGCGUUGUGCCAAUUUCGUAUACCUCAAGACGUGAUGUUCAAUUAUGAAGCAUUAGUGAAAGUGCUCUUACAUUCUGCUAAACAUGCACAGCCAGAAGGAUUUGUACAACGUAUUGGAAUAUAUUUAUUAAAUUCUCUAGCUUGUCAAGUUGAAGGCAGAGAAAAGUGUCUUUUAGGAAAAUUAGGUUGUGUUAAAACAAUGCUUGAAUUAGUCGAAUAUAGAGUAGAAUCUAGAAUAUUUGAUGAUGUGUUGGAAGUAGCAUGGUCUACAAUGUGGAAUAUGACAGAUGAAACAGCUAUAAAUUGUCAACGAUUUUUAGAUGAAAGAGGAAUGGUACUAUUUCUGAAAUGUGUAAAGCGAUAUCCAGGAAAGGAGGAAUUAUUGAGGAACAUGAUGGGUUUAUUAGGUAAUGUCGCCGAAGUAGAUUAUUUGAGAGUACAUCUUAUGCAACAUCGAUAUGUAUGUGUUUUUGCCAACUUAUUACGUUCUAACAGUGAUGGCAUCGAGGUAUCCUAUAAUGCAACUGGUAUACUCGCACAUAUGGCAUCUGAUGGUGUCGAAGCUUGGACUCUUGAUAAACCUAGACGAGAUGAAGUUUUAGAUUUUAUGGUCCAAGCUAUCGAAAGAUGGGAUUUAUCUGCAGAACGUAACAUUAAUUACCGUUCAUUUUUACCCCUAUUACGUUUGCUGGAUAUAUACCAUACUCCAGAAUGUCAACAUUGGGCUGUAUGGGCACUCGCCAAUCUUACCAAUGUUUAUCCACACAAAUAUUGUUCAUUAGUUAUAAAAGAGGGAGGAAUAGAAAAACUGAAUGCUCUUAAAAUAGAUCGGAGGCCGUACGAAAGAAUUAAAGAACUUGCGACAAUUGUGAUAGAAAAUUGCUGUUAAGAUAACAGUCGUUCCAAUGAUGGGAAUUAUCUUCAAGCACAUUCAGAUGCAGAGUAUAGCCUUGAUGGUUACAAAAAAUUGUCAUUAAUAUGAUUCAUGUGCAACAUUAUUGAAUACAGAAUGUUCAAUCGUAGUAUAAAGAUUUAAAGCUAACAACAAUUGAUGAAAGUGUGUGGUGAUUUUAUAUCCGUAGUAACUAUCAUACAAAACAAAAAAAAAACAAAAAAAAAACAAAAAAAAAACAAAAAAAAACAAACAAAAAAACCAAAAAAAAACAAAAAAAAACACAAAAAACGAUAUGCAGAGACGAAACGUAAUAAGAUGUUACCUUAUCCCAGUGAUAUUCUUACAGAUAAUAUUUAAAAAAGAAAAAUGAAAAAGGAAACAAAUAAUUGCUUAAAUAUAACAAAACAUGUUGCGCUAUGACAAUUUAUAUAGCGUGUUGUUAAUUCGUUAGCGAAACUCCAGAUAUUUAUAGUUUUUAUUAUUACUAUUCACUAUUAAUGAUCUAUCUUUGAAUCAGAAAUUAUUUUUAUCAAUGUACAUAGUUAUAUCAUGUAUCAUAAAUUGAAUCUCUGAGAUAAGAUGAUUGUGACCACCUAAUAUUUCUAUUUUUUGUUUCACAAACAUUAGAUCUCGCAUAACUGUGUAUAACAGUUGUACAUUGGCGUUAUCUUAUGUAAUUCAAUAGUUUAGCUUUGAUCACUCAGCUGCUGAAAUAUUGUCUACAAGCACUGUGUAGAUAUUAUUUAUUAAAUAACUUGAAUAAAUAAAGAGACUUAAAAAUAAGAAGCAUGUUAAUGUAUGUCACUGUAAAUAGAGCUAAAGUGCCGGGAGUAAAGUGAAAUAGAUUUGUAUGUUUUUGUAUAUUAUCGUUAUGAGAGACCUUACGAAAAAGAAAAAGAAAAAAAAAGAAGGAAAGAAAAAG